UAUUUGGACUGAGCCUCCGCUGCCGUCACUGCUGCCCAGCGUUGACAGUAAUGCGGCUCUUUCAGUCUUUAUUCUUCUGCUUUAAAAUGAAUGACAUGUGUGGCUGAAGCUACGUGAUUAACGGAGACGAAAAAAAACGGUAACAUGAAAUGGAGAUCACUCGGACCAGACCGUCCUUGUAUGGAGAAAUCGCUCACGGUCUUGGAUUCUGGACGGACCGGUCAGCAGUGCAUGAGGCUGCUGCACAGGGGAGGGCCCUCCAGCUGCAGCAGCUGAUCGAGGGAGGUGCAGCAGUGAACAUCGUGGCAGUUGACUCAAUCACCCCUCUGCAUGAGGCCUGUAUACAGGGACAGACCCAGUGUGUCAGGCUGCUGUUGGACGCUGGUGCGCAGGUGGAUGCUCGGAACAUCGAUGGCAGCACUCCGCUGUGUGAUGCCUGUGCAGCUGGUAGCCUUGAAUGUGUCAAGCUGCUGCUGGAGUACGGAGCAACAGUUAAUCCUCCACUGUUUACCUUCUCUCCACUUCAUGAAGCCUGCAUGGGAGGGAAUUCAGAUUGUGUUCAGCUCAUGAUUGAUCAAGGAGCUUACAUGGAGGCGCAUGACUGCCACUAUGGGACACCGCUCCAUGUGGCCUGUGCGAGGCAACAUUACGACUGCGCCAAAGUUCUCCUCAUUGCAGGGGCAAAUGUGAACGCUGCUAAGCUACAUGAGACGGCCCUUCAUCAUGCUGCCAAAACAAAGAACGUUAGCUUGAUCGAUCUACUGGUGGAGUUUGGGGGGAACGUGUACGCCAGAGAUAACCUGAACAAGAAACCCAUCCACUACACCAGUCAGGGAUCUCCCUCUUAUCUCUGCCUUGAGUACUAUGAGAAUACCCCUCUCAGUCUACAGCAGAUCAGCAGAGUGGCUGUGAGAGGGGCCCUCGGCGCAAGAGCACGUGAAGUUGUUUCCAAGCUGGACUUGCCCAAUCGUAUUAAAAGUUUUCUUUCUCACAUGCCGCCCCCGGUUAUAGAAAUUGAAUUACCCACAGGGAACUUAAGCCGCAGCCCCUCGGAGGAUAAAUCUGGACCAGUUACGCCUGCUGACUCUGUGGAUCUCUCUACAGAAAGUCAUACGACGGGAUGAUGACGUUGGCAGAAGUGCAGCACAGAUGAAAUGUCUUAACACUGCCGCACUAGUAAGGUGCAGAGAGAUUUUAUAACUUUAAUUAUCAGAUUGUUUACCCAAGUAAAUUAGACAGCGUUGAUUUAUAUGUACCAUCAGUUUAUCAAGACUGUUUUGACAUCCAGCAAACACGAAGCAACAGGAGCAUCCCACUGGAGUCAUGUUAAAGGCCACUGAAUGAAUGAUGAGUCCAGUAUUUACGUGCAGUUACCUCUAGUGUGGUCCACCGACUCCUGAGGAAAAUACACUCACCAGCCACUUCGACUGUUUCUCUUUAGCUUCUUUUAAAAGAAAAGGCUGUUCCUGACUGUUAAGAGAGAUGAAAUUCAACUAUACAGUCUGUGUAAAGGGCACAAGACUUUAACAACUAGCAAUUAAAGGCCAUGCACACCCAUAAUUAACAUCAACUGUGUGUUCACAGGUGAUACUAAUCAUUUUAAUGAUCAGACGUCCUCUCAGGACUGUGUGGGCAUGUACAGACUGUUGAUCGACACAGACUGUUCUGUUAUCUUUUUGCACGUAACAGCAGCGAGUUACAAGGUUCAUUCUCUUCAUUAUUGCUUCAUCCAGUCUGAUGACCUCGAAUAACUUCCAGCAUAGCUCAGCCCACCUUCAUACUGAGCAGCCACACCCAUGUGGGUGUGUAGGGCCUUUGAAUUCCAAGAAGCUUUGGCAACACAACAAUUUUGACGUCAUUUGAGUCAAAAAGUAUUGCUUAAUGGUGCGUGAACUAUAUAAACAUUAACUUGGCUCACUCAUCCUGACCAGUUGAGUGUGAAUGUAAGCGUCAUUUCAUUAUAGAUCCUGUAACACUGAAUUGAACCCAGAUGAAACAUGAAGUAGUUUGAUUAUGAAGAUUAUAUCACUGUAUGUAUUUGUAUAUAUAUUAUUUAUUUUUCAUGUAAAUUUGUAAAUAAUACAGAUGGUUCUACCUCCUCUCACAUUUGUAUAAAUAAAUAGACCACUACAGGACAGUUUUAAAAAGAAUUGUUCGGUGUUGUGUCCUCUGUUGGAACAAAAGUCAAAACUGGGUCUUGUUUUUGUUUGUUUAUGACAGUGUUGCUUUGAGAGGUAUAUUGCCUCAAGGACUGCACCUGUCAAAACUACAUUGUUAUUAGUUAGUUCAGUCCAGACUUUCCAAACUAAUCUGUGCGGAAAAAAUGCAUUACUGCCCAUUAUAGUAAUGUAACACUGUCAGAACUUACGACACACGUUCACUGUUUCAAGCAAGUUUCAAGAGUCUGCUUAUUCAUUUUAAUAAACAAUACUCAAAAAACAUAGUCCUUGGCAAGAUCAUCACAAGACAGAUACCCUGUGUAGAUAUCAGGAUUGUCGGUUAUAGGGGAACCUGCAGAAGAUUAGAUGAGAGCAACCUGCAGCCACAACUUCAGUGAGGCGUGCCCACAAGCACAAUGACAGCAUUCAUUCAGUCUGACAUGCACCAAAAACAUGUUUGAACUUGAACCACGGCCACAGAGCCUGACAGGUGUACAUUCUUUGAUAUUGAUGGCUUAUUACAUGAACAGAAAAGAUGUUUUUACAGACUACUUGAUCUCAAGGAUAAAAAAUAAAUAUUAAAAAGGGGGGAGGGGGAAUUUAGUCUACAAUUAAAAACUGUUGUCUAUCUGAUUCCAGUUAUGUUUAAACUGUGAAAAAUGAUGGAGGACACGAGUUGGGUAUUAAUGUGUGCCUUCAC